UGGGUAUAUAUGAUUUGUACUUUAAUUAGUUAGUUGAAAAUAAGUUGUAGUGUAGGUAAAAAGGAAAUUGUAGGAGGUCGAAAGGAAGUUGUAGUCGGUUGAUAGGAAGUUGUAGUAGGUCGAAAGGAAGUUACAGUAGGUCAAAAGAUAGUUGUAGCAGGUGGAUAGAUAGUCGCAAUAGGUCGUAAUAGGUUGGAAGCAGAUUUUUUAAGGUCGCAGAGAGGUCGCUGGUUGCACUUUACGUUUUUGCAACGUCAAAACAACUUUGUAUCGACUUAAGAUCGACGUCGUAAGGACGUCGGCAAGACCUAAGACAACGUCCCCCUGACGUCUUGUUGACGUCGGUUGGAAUGGAAUGGGGAUUGAACCGUUCUUUGACUAAGAACACCAAGAACGGAACAGAAUGGGAUGGACCAUUCUUCAACUAAGAAUGAACGGAACAGAACAAGAACAGAACGAUUGGAAAAAAGGAACGAGAACGGAUCGAUUUAGCUGAAGGCCCUUGUAUUAGAAUGGAAAGGAAUGUUUCCAAAAAGUCAGAAAUUGCCCAGCCCGAGCUGUACUGUUAUUUAAUCCUAAACAGGCUGGAAGAACAAGUAAGUAGUAUUCCAGUGCAUUGAAGUCUAAUCCUUCCUACAAUACAGCCACACAUAUGCUUCUCGUCAUAUUGCUCAUUACUAGCUCUGCUGCUGGGAAGAUUCAAGAUGAGUCUUUAGAAUGGGGCGAGGUGGGGUCAAGUUGGGAAGCAGACCAUGGUAGUGAAGAAGUUGAUGUGAUCCCUGAAAUACCGAGCAAUGGUAUCCAGAAACUUAGUGACUUGUUUAAACCUCUGCUAACCAGGAAGAAAAGUGUUAAAGAAUGUACAUGCAAAACAAUUAAACCAAGGGAAGAGGAAGAGGAGUUAACUAUGCUUGAACCAGAGGAAGUAUCUGAAAAAAAUAAUGGAACCACGGACUUGUCUCUUCCUAAAGAGAAUGGAACUGACUAUUCUAUUGGAUAUUGGAGCCCGGACUAUGACGUGAAACCCCGAGAUAAAUGUAAUCCUAAAACUCAAUCUUGGUCAGUAUCAAACGCAAUCUAUUGCUUGGACAAAUGUUCCAAGAAAAAAAAAUGUCCAACUAAAAAAACCUGCCAAAAAAUAUGUAUCUCUGAAUAUGAUAGUAUUUUGGAUUCACGUAUAGAAGAAGAUGCCUCUCAUCAACUUGGACUUUCAUCAUUAAAGGGAAAACAACUCCAUAAAGCAGUUUGCAGGAUAAGAAGUUGGGUCCAGAUAGGAGAUAUUUGUCAUCCAAAAUGCAAGAAAGUUUCUGACUGCCUCAAAUCAAAUCUAUCAAAUCAAGCACGUAAAGAUUUAAUAGAUCGUGUAAGAUGUGAAUCAAUUUGUGUUUAAAAGUAGCAUGUUUUUAAAACUCUUCUUGUAUUUUAUAAAAAACAUACUUUUGGUUGAAUCAUUUAAAAUUUUUAAGUUUUAUAUCCCUGUUCUUAAUAAAGCAUGUUUAAAGAUAAA